UAAUGUGUCCGUCUCAUCAACAUUUUAUCUCCAAUACGUUUCCUGUCAUUUAUCAUUAAUUCUGGUUUAUUGUAGACAUGAGUGAGGCGUCAAAAUCGAUUAUGGAUCUGCUGUCAGAAGUUGUCAAAAUUACCGACAUGACUAUGGAUAAUGAAGCUGUCAAUAAAUUAAAACCACAAAUCAAGAUCAAUCCAUUCUACCGAGCCGUACAAGAUGUUCUAGUUGAGCAGAAGUCCAAAAUCGACCUAUCGACAAAGAUGAUGAAGGAUCUUGAAGCACAAGAGAAUGAUGAACGGCUGGAUACCAUGCUCAAAGCAGAAGGAGUUGCUGGACCCGAUGAUAGUUUGUUGCGUAUUCAGGAAGCUGCUGGAACUGACCAAUACGAGUAUCGUCAACAACUUUUGAAAGUGAGACGAGAGCUUGAAAAUGAGACAAAAGCGUUUGACAAGCACUGCAAAAAGUGGUGUGAGUACGUUGAAGAUGUUCUCCAGCAACAAGGAGAAUUCCGUCCAAUCACCCAACAGUCAACCGAAAAGUUUAUGAACAAGAUGUCCGGUAAAUUUAACAAGGUCUGUUUUGUACUAAAACAGACUGCCUGCGAAGAAGUUAUCCAACUGAAAAAGCGUUAUCUGGAUGCUCGUCGAAAGAGAAGAAAUUUCUCGAAAACUUCCACCGAGAUUCUCAACGAGUACUUCCUAGCAAACAUCAAUCAUCCAUACCCGUCGGAAGAGGUCAAACAGGCCUUAGCUAUGCAAUGUAACAUUAGUGUUGCUCAGGUAUCAAACUGGUUUGGAAAUAAGCGAAUUCGCUACAAGAAAACAAUGGCUAAGAAUGAGGAUGAAAGAAGAGAAAACAGAAAACCAGAAGAUCGCCCUCCGCCUGGAGCUCCUGGAGCUCCGUAUAGUCUGGUACCCAACGCGUUUGCAGGAAUGAUGAACCCAUAUCAGAUGAUGUUACCUGGUCAUCAAUUUCCCAUCGGUGUUGCCCCUUUCAAUUUUUCCAUGUACAAUCCUGAGAUGAUGGCCCAAUAUCAACAGUCUCUACAAAACCCAAAUCAAACUCGAUGACAAACUUUAAUAAUGCUGGUACUGAGUACUCAUUCAUACAUUUGCCAUGAUGUUAUAAAGUAAUAAAUUCAUUGAAAUACAUCCUGUGUUCCAUAAGAUGUAUUACUUUUUUAA